UCCGAUUAUGAGAUGGAGCCGGAGCCGGAGCCCGUAGAUACUGCUGAAGUAGGGAGUGAAAGAGUUCAUUUUGAUGUCGGAUUUGGUAUGUCGAAUGAGCAGCCUGUUAGAAAUUCAGAUACCGACUACGGGGACUCCGAUGAUUUACGAAGCAUUUAUAGUAAAGAGGAAGGCAAUAGAGCUUCAAGAAGGAGGGCUUCCAAUGAUACUUUCAAUGUGGGGACAGAUAUGGAGGAUCCAGUGUUCAAAACAGGCUUGAUAUUUGAGUCGAAGGCCGUACUAAAGGCUGCAAUCACCUCACAUUCAAUUACAAACAAUAGAGAGAUUAAGUUCAAAAAGGAUGAUGCUCGUAGAUUGAGAGCCAAGUGUAAGGGAGAUUGUCCGUGGGUGUUGUAUGCUACAAAGGAGCAUGGUAAGGCAAGUUGGGUGAUCAAAACUUUUGUGGAGGAGCAUACUUGUCCCAUGGUAUACAAGAACUUCAGGGUGACCUCAUCCUAUUUGGCAGAUAGAUAUUUAGUUGAUUGGAGGGCUGAGCAAAACAUGUCAGUUACUGUAUUUAUGGAGAGGGUUAAGCAAGAUGGUUUAGGUGAUAUCUCAGCCUGGCAGGCAUAUAGAUCGAAGGAGAAGGCGCUCGAAAAAAUUAGAGGGAGUGUGGUGGAGCAUUACAAAUUACUGUGGGAUUAUUAUGAGGAGAUAAAGAGGACAAAUAUUGGGACCACUGCAUUGGUUGAGGGGCACGCUGGAGAAUUUCGAUGGUUGUAUAUUUGCAUUGGGGCAUUGAGAGAUGGUUUUAUUCGAGGUUGCAGAAGGGUGAUUAGGGUAGAUGGCUGCUUUUUGAAGACAGAGCUUGGUGGCCAAUUGUUGACAGCAGUUGGUGUUGAUGCGAAUAAUGGUAUGUAUCCGGUGGCAUAUGUAGUUGUGGAGGUUGAAAAUGGGGAUAAUUGGAAAUGAUUUUUGGAGUUAAGGAUGAUUUGCAC